AUGAAGCCCUCCAGCAUCACCGCCAUUCUCGCCGCAACCUUUGGCGCUGUCCACUCUACUCCCGUCACUCGGGCUUCCAAACCGCCAUACUUCCUCCUGAUCGGUGACUCUACCGUUGCCACCAAUGGGGGAUGGGGCGACGGAUUCCUAUCCUUCGUGGCCGAUCCUGCGGACGGCGUCAACCGUGCCAAGAGCGGCACCACCACGGUGUCAUACCGUGCCAACGGACGAUGGGACGACCUGCUCUCGAACAUCAACUCCACCGUCUCAGACUACUCGCCCAUUGUAACCAUGCAAUUCGGCCACAACGACCAGAAAGCCCUUGAUGUGGACGAGUACAGACAGAACCUGGAAGGUCUGGCCACAGAGGUCCAGGAAGCCGGUGCCACUCCUAUCAUCAUCACCCCAUUGACCCGCCGCACCUUCGACGGCGACGCAGUCAAGGAGGAUUUCGUGGAGUGGCGAGUCCAAGCCAUCAACGCCGCCAAGUCCGUGGGUAUCAAGUACCUGGACCUGACCACUGCCAGCACCGACUACAUCAACGCCAUUGGCGACGAGAACGCCACUAGCUACGACCUGUCCGAUGGUGAUAAGACUCACAUCAACGAGGCCGGGGGUGUCGUCUUUGGUCGUCUGGUUGCCGAUCUCCUGCUGGCUGCGCGCUCCGAUCUGGAGGACUACAUCACGCCCAACGAGGCGCUGAGCAAGAAGAUUGCUGCGGGCGAGUACGCCUCUGGGGAUGAGUAA